CACCUUGUAUGGCCUUGGCCGCGGGGCGACGGGCGAUAAGCGCCUCUGCAGCCAUGUUUACCAUGUUUAGAGCUUAAAUUUAGAGCCGUUAUCGGACACAGCUCUCCGACCUGAACACACUCUGCUCGUCUGCUGCCACUGCGUCAGGACCGGAGGUUUGAUGAGCCACCAUGAGCCGAGCUCAGACGUCUCCUCUCUCCGCUGAGCGGCUGCUGCCGCUGCUGAGCCUCUUCUGUGCUCAGCUGUCGUACUCUGCGGCGGGUGGAUCUCCUCCGAGCCUCUGGUCCAACUCAACGUUCAGCAACCUCAGCCGAUGCGGAGGGAGCACGGACUGCAUUGAGGGCGUGAUCCUGCCCGUGUGGAAGCCGGAGCACCCGGCGCUCAGCGACCGGGUCGCCAGGGCCGUGGUGUACUUCGUGGCACUGGCGUACAUGUUCCUGGGUGUGUCCAUCAUUGCCGACCGCUUCAUGGCAUCCAUAGAGGUCAUCACCUCCCAGGAGAGGCAGAUCACUAUUAAGAAGCCCAACGGAGAGAAGGUCACCACCACGGUGCGCAUCUGGAACGAGACAGUCUCCAACCUGACCCUCAUGGCUCUGGGCUCCUCCGCCCCAGAAAUACUGCUGUCAGUCGUGGAGGUCUGUGGUCACAACUUCAACGCCGGGGAGCUGGGGCCCAACACCAUCGUGGGAAGUGCUGCCUUCAACAUGUUCGUCAUCAUUGGCCUAUGUGUGUCAGUGAUUCCCGAAGGUGAGAGCAGAAAAGUAAAGCACCUGCGCGUGUUCUUCGUCACGGCCGCCUGGAGCGUCUUCGCCUACACCUGGCUCUACCUGAUCCUGGCCGUCUUCUCCCCGGGUGUGGUUGAGAUCUGGGAAGGGCUGCUCACACUCUUCUUCUUUCCCAUCUGCGUUGGCUUUGCCUACGUGGCCGACCGCCGGCUGCUGUUCUACAAAUACAUGUACAAACGAUACAGAGCAGGGAAGCGGAAGGGAGUGAUCAUCGAGACCGAGGGAGACCCAGAGCGUCCCUCGAAAGCCGACGUGGAGAUGGGAGGCAAAAUGCUCCACUCCCACGAACAGGACUCCGCCGACAGAGAGACGGGCCCCGACAUGAAGGAGCUGGACGAGGACGAGUCCCGCAGGGAGGUGUCCAGGAUCCUGAAGGAGCUGAAGCAGAAGCAUCCUGACAAGGAGGCGGAGCAGCUGGUAGAGCUGGCCAACUACCACGUCCUGAGCCAGCAGCAGAAGAGCCGGGCCUUCUACCGCUGCCAGGCCACCAGGAUCAUGACGGGAGCCGGCAACGUGCUGAAGAGGCAUGCGGCCGACCAGGCCCGGAGAGCGGCCCAGCACCAGCUGUGCUGCCAGCUCAGCCACUCCUCCUCCAGGGUCUUCUUCGAGCCCAGCGCCUACCAGUGUCUGGAGAACUGUGGCAGCGUGGCCCUGAACGUGGUGCGCCGCGGCGGGGACCUCACCAGCACCGUGUCUGUGGACUACCGCACCGAGGACGGCACCGCCAACGCCGGGUCGGACUACGCCUUCACUGAAGGCACCAUCACGUUCCAGCCCGGCGAGACCGAGAAGGAGAUCCGCAUCCACAUAAUAGACGAUGACAUCUUUGAGGAAGACGAACACUUCCUGGUUCACCUGAGCAACGUGAAGGUCGCGUCAGACGACACGGAACAGAACCACGUGGACACCCCUGCGGGUCUAGGUCUGCCGUGCACAGCCACCGUCACCAUCUUUGACGACGACCACGCUGGGAUCUUCUCGUUCGCAGAGCCGGUGGUGACGGUGAGCGAGAGCAUCGGUGUGAUGGAGGUGAAGGUGAUCCGGACCUCCGGGGCCCGUGGCGUGGUGAGGGUGCCGUACAAGACCAUAGAGGGGACCGCUAAGGGCGGCGGAGAGGACUUCGAAGACACGCACGGAGUUCUAGAGUUCGACAACGACGAGAUCUUUAAAACUAUUCAGAUCAAUAUAAUCGAUGAUGAAGAAUAUGAGAAAAACAAGAACUUCUUCCUAGAGAUGGGAGAACCUCAGCUACUGGAGAUGAGUGAGAGGAAAGCUAUGUUGCUUCAAGAAGUUGGUGGACUCGUGAAAACAGACAAGCAGCUUUAUGGCAAAGACGUGUACAGGAAGGUCCAGGGACGAGACCACGCCGCUGCCUUCGCCACCGUCAUCAGAGAGGACACCAGUGAGGCUUUGACCCAGAAGGAAGCGGAGGAACGGCGAGUUGCAGAGAUGGGACGGCCAGUGCUGGGAGAACACGUGAAGCUGGAAGUCAUCAUAGAGGAGUCGUACGAGUUCAAAAGCACUGUGGACAAACUCAUUAAGAAGACCAACCUGGCGCUGCUGAUCGGGACCAACAGCUGGAGGGAACAGUUCGUGGAGGCCGUCACGGUCGGAUCCGGUGAUGACGACGACAGUGAUGAGUGUGGUGAGGAGAAGCCGCCCUCCUGUUUCGACUACGUCAUGCAUUUCCUGACCGUCUUCUGGAAGCUGCUGUUCGCCUUCGUGCCUCCCACCGACUACUGGAGUGGCUGGGCCUGCUUCGUGGUCUCCAUCUGCGUCAUCGGCCUUCUGACGGCCGUGAUCGGGGACCUGGCAUCGCACUUCGGCUGCACCGUUGGCCUCAAGGACUCCGUCACUGCUGUGGUGUUUGUGGCUCUGGGCACUUCAGUGCCAGACACGUUUGCCAGUAAGGUCGCUGCCAUCCAGGACCAGUAUGCUGACGCAUCCAUCGGUAACGUGACCGGGAGCAACGCUGUGAACGUGUUCCUGGGCAUCGGCGUGGCCUGGUCCAUCGCCGCCAUCUACCAUUACUCCAAGGGCCAGGAGUUCCAGGUGGACCCGGGCACGUUGGCCUUCUCAGUCACGCUCUUCACCAUCUUUGCCUUCGUCUGCAUCGCCGUCCUUAUUUACCGCCGCCGACCUGAGAUUGGCGGAGAACUCGGUGGACCCAGAGUCCCAAAGAUCCUCACCACCAGUUUGUUCUUCAGCCUGUGGUUGAUGUACAUAGUCUUCUCCUCGCUGGAGGCCAACUGCCAUAUAAAGGGCUUCUGAAGCGUCUGAGGGGCUGCAGGCGGUAGAACCCCAAGGUUCUGGGGAAUCCUGCUGGAUGUAUGAGGAAUCCUGUUCAAGGGUUUGAAGGAGUGAACGGGUCAUUUUUUUUCAAGGGUUCUGAAAGUUUUCUGUCUGUCUGCAACUUCUUGUAAAUUGUAUAAUUCAUCUGUAGUUUGUAAUGUAUGAGGCCUGAUUAAUUCCUAAAGGUCCAAACUCAGCUGCAGGUUCCUGAAAUUAUGCGUAACCUGCUGGUGUCCUGUGGACACGGGACCAAAGCUUGUUCCCGCUGCCUUUCCGGGUUCUGAUCCGGCCCAGGUGAAGGUCUAUGUCAUUAAAGCUAUGUGGUUUUUGAGUAACAGGCUCUGAACAUCAUGGACACAUGGUUGUUUAAAAAGUCCAGAUGUUUCCACAGUCUUCACAGGUUUCAAGCUUCCAUGUCCAAGUCCACGUUGCACUGAACCUCCCACACAUUCAUAGACUUCUUCUACUUCUUCUGUCCUUUAAGUAGAGUUUCAUUUAGUUUUGCAUGGACUUUAAACCACAACCACAGGAGUGCGUGCAAACAGCUGGCUGGAGGAGGUUAAGACGUGGCAGCUGGUGACAGACGACUGCACCUGCAUAGUUUUGUGCACUGAAUUUAUUUAGGAACAGAAGAGUUUGGACUCCACAGACUCUGCUGAGCCGGGCCUGAGCCACCGCAGUGAGGACCUGUUUCGUUGUGUGACUGGUGAAUGCAGUGUCCUUGCUUUGUGUAUUAAAGAGCAGCGAGUGA